AUGCCACAGCAGACCAACGGCUCCAUCUGGCAAGGGCAGCACGAUGGCAUCCAGAGUAGGAAGGGCCCCAAGGGGAGCAGUGUUUUUUACAUGAACUUCUACGACGGUGACGACGACGACGACGACGAUCUCAUUACCGAAUGGUGGGAUCAAGAGGAGUUGUCUGACGAUGAUGACUAUUACAUUGCAGCUGCUCUUCUUACGGACAUAGAACAUAAGAGGACCAAAAGAAAGCGUCGUGAUCCUCCUGUAUAUAAUGCAAAAUUAUUUAGGAGGAGGUUCAGAAUGUCAAAGGAGCUCUUCUUGCGCAUCGUGGCUAGUGUGGAGGCUUAUGAUGACUACUUCAGGCAGAGACCGAAUGCAGUGGGUCUUCUCGAGAGCACCAUGAUAGAAGCUUUCAAGCACUUUGUCAAGGCUGUGGUAGAUGUGUUUGCUGAUCAAUACUUGAGGGCACCAACUGCUGAGGACACUGCAAGGUUGAUGGCUAUAAACACUCCAAGGGGGUUCCCAGGGAUGCUAGGUUGUAUUGACUGUUCUCUUAAUUAUAUCAAUGUACUACAGAGAUCACCACUCUUUCAAAGGCUUACAUCAGGGACAGCUUCUGAGCUGGAGUUUAUGGUGAAUGGAAAGAAAUACACUAUGGGUUACUAUCUUGCUGAUGGCGUAUACCCUUCUUGGGCCACUUUUGUGAAGACCAUUUCCAAUCCACAAGGUAACAAGAGAAUACAUUAUGCAAAAGUUCAAGAAGGAGUGAGAAAGGAUGUUGAAAGAGCAUUUGGUGUUCUACAAGCCUGCUUUGCAAUGGUGAGGGGUCCUGCUAGAUUUUGGGAUACAGAGACCCUAUGGUACAUAAUGACAGCUUGUGUAAUCAUGCACAACAUGAUCAUUGACAAUGAGCGAGAUGAAGAUGUAGACUACGACUAUGAUCAGGAGGACAGUGAGGUGUUGAGAAAGGAGGAAUACCAACGGCGUAAUAAACCUAUGUUAGAGAAGUUUCUAAAGAUACAUAAAGAAAUUGAAGACCACUAA